AAGAGUUGAAUUCUUAACUGCAAGCGGCGCGCCGCCCAGGGAAGGCUUUGCAGGCGCUGGUUUGGGCGCUGGGAUUUAAGGAAUCGUAUUUGAGAGGGUGAAGACGAUGGAGAAGGAAGGUGGCAUAAGCCUCGGUUUACAGACUAGAAAGCCAAGACCUCAAAGAACGACGGGACUUCUCUGCACGCUCCGCGAAGAAAUGCAAGGGCCGUUACCAGGCCCCAGAUUCCCCGUCCCCGCCGCCCAGCAGCCGUCUGAAGUGCUGGGCGGCGGGGGCGGGGACCGGCAGCUGCCCCGGAUCUGCCGGGGCGCGGCCUUAUGACGCGACGUCACGUCUCCCAUGUCUGGCGGCCCAUUGGUUCUCCACUACCACCCUUCUCCCGGGUAGGGAAACUGGUUCCGGAGCCGGAAACGAAGUAGCCUUUGGGUGCGAGACAGUGGCGGCGUUUAAGGCAGAACGACCUGUUGCCAGUGGAGCUGGCCAGCAUCUCCAUUCCGGCUCCAGCCCGAGUUGGAGAAAAACCCCGGGAUUCCGGUGGCCCAUGGGAGGGCGCAGUCUCGGAUCGCGAACUAUACGGCGCAGACCGAAAUAGCCGAGCCUGUGAGGGCCACCGGACACCCCGCCCCUAGGAAGAGUCGGGAAGCCUUGCCAGAGGUAGGAACCCAAAGGGACGGUUUCUGGAGUGGGGCCCGCCGGUCAUGGACACGCCCCAGGGGGCCGGUCCCGCCGCUCUUCGCUUCGCAGCCGCUGCCUGCUGGCAAGUCGUGCGCGGACGCUGCGUGGAGCAUUUUCCGCGAGUAUUGGAGUUUCUGCGAUUCCUGCGCGCUGCUGCCCCCGGCUUGGUUCGCUACCGGCACCAUGAACGCCUGUGUAUGGGCCUAAAGGCCAAGCUAGUGGUGGAGGUGAUCCUGCAGGGCCGGCCUUGGGCCCAGGUUCUGAAUGCCCUGCAUCGCCACUUCCCAGAGUCUGGACCUGCAGUGCGGGACCCCAAAGCCACAAAGCAGGAUCUGAGGAAGAUCUCAGAGGCUCAGGAAACCUUUUGCCAGCAGGUGAAGCAGCUGGCAGAAGCCCCUGUUAAUUUGGCUUCGAAGCUACAGGAACUUGAACAAGAGUAUGGGGAACUUUUUCUGGCUGCCAUGGAAAAGCUGUUUUUUGAAUACCUGUGUCAGCUGGAAAAAGCACUGCCUACACUGCAGGCACAGCAGCUUCAGGAUGUGCUGAGUUGGAUGCAGCCUGGAGUUUCUAUCACUUCUUCUUUUGUCUUGACCCAAUAUGGUGUGGACAUGGGGUGGCCACUUCCAGAGUGCUUUGCUACUGAUUCAAUGAAUAUGACAGAGCCCAUGGGGCAGAGUCCUCCUCAGCAACCAAGACCAGCAGUCCACGACCCUCUGCCAAAAGCCCGGCCUGGCCCACACCUUCCUCAGGGUCCAGCCUCAAGGAAGCACCCGGAACCUUUGAUUGGCCACCACUUCAAUCUGGCCCCUCUAGGCCGGCGAAGAAUCCAGUCCCGGUGGGCAUCCACUAGCAGAGGCCAUAAGGAGCGCCCCACAGUCAUGCUGUUCCCCUUUAGGAAUCUGGGUUCACCAACACGGGUCAUAUCUAAGUCUGGGAAUAGGGAAGAACAUGGGACACACACAGCAGAUCCAGCAGGUGCUGUGGGCACCAGAGCAGCCUCGACUGGCAAGUCUAGGAGUCCAUCCAAGACCCUGGGAGGAAGGGCUCUGAAGGAGAACCCAGUUGACUUGUCUGCCUCAGAACAAAAGGAGAACUGCUUGGAUUGCCCCAUGAAACCCCUGAGAUUGUCAUUAUCGCCUCCUUGGGCCAGGAAGUCAGUGCGUCCUCCAUCUCUGUGCAGCUCUGACAUUACUAUAGGGGACCUGGUUUUGGACUCCGAAGAGGAAGAAAAUGGCCAGAGGGAAGGAAGGGACUCUCUGGAAAACUAUCAGAAGACAAAGUUUGACACCCUGAUCCCCACCUUCUGUGAAUACCUCCCCACUUCUGGCCCCAGUGGAUCCUCCUUCUGUGCCCUCCUUACCGAAAGCCUUGGCCACAUCCCCGGGACAGUUGCAACCUCCAUCCUGCAAAGUAAGGAGCACUAUGAAGAGAGAGCAUGGAUGCCCCAAGCCCUCUAGGAGGUCCCAGUGGCCCACCUUAAAGCUGACAGGAACCCAGGAGUCCUGAUCCACCUCUACCAGAGCCUCCAGACCUGGCAGAGAACCCAGAUGUCUGGCAGCCUCAUACCCUACCCUGCCCUUGGCCUUACGGAAAUGA